GGUAAAACCCAACACUCCCAAGAGGGAAAGCGGAUACUACCAAUCUGUACCAACGGGGACCUUCACAAUUUUUUUUACUCUCUCGAUUUAGGUUUCCCAAAGUCUCCGUUCCUCUUUCGAUUCUCUUGCUCUCUCGCACCUGCUGGAUGGAUUCCUGAUGUUCUUCUGCCUACGGUUCUGUAGUAUGAAUAAAUCUGUAGCCUGGAUAAGCGAUAAUGCUUGAUUAACUGAGGUUUGAAACUGUUUUCCACAAUUAUAGCUAUUUGUGGAUCUCAGAUGGAUGAUGGAGGGCACCGUGAAAAUGGCAGACACAAAGCAGAUCAAUAUAAAACAGCUCAGGGUCAGUGGUUGAUGCAACAUCAGCCAUCGAUGAAACAAAUAAUGGGCCUUAUGGCUGAAAGAGAUGCAGCCAUUCAAGAAAGAAACUUGGCCCUUUCUGAGAAAAAGGCAGCUAUUGCAGAGCGAGAUAUGGCAUUUUUGCAACGAGAUACAGCAAUUGCAGAACGAAAUAAUGCCUUUCUGGAACGGGACAAUGCCAUUGCCACUCUUCAAUACCGGGAAAACUCCUUGACCAGUGGUAAUAUGUCAUGCCCACCAGGAUGCCAAAUCUCACGGGGGGUGAAGCACAUCCACCACCCACAGCAGCACACACAUCAUUUACCCCACAUGGGUGAGGCUUCUUACAAUACGAGGGAAAUGCACACAACUGAUGCCCUUGCAAUAUCACAAGUUGCUUCUGAGGCUGCAAAGUCACGACGGGCCAAACGAACGAAGGAGACCAAGGGAAUGCCAUCUGAUAAGAAGGCUUCAAAAUCUCCAAAGAAGAUAAAGAGGGAGAGUGAUGACUUGAAUAAAAUCAUGUUUGGCAAGACACAUGAGUGGAAAGGUGGGCAGGAUAUGGGUGGUGGAGGUGAUGAUCUGAACAGACAGUCUGGGGGUUCAAAGUCUGAUUGGAAGGGACCAGACCUGGGGUUGAAUCAGGUUGCAUUUGAUGACUCAACCAUGCCUGCACCAGUAUGCUCCUGCACUGGAAUCCUAAGGCAGUGUUACAAAUGGGGAAAUGGGGGGUGGCAAUCUUCAUGCUGCACCACAACCAUGUCAAUGUAUCCUCUACCAGCUGUGCCCAACAAGCGGCACACUCGAGUAGGUGGGCGAAAGAUGAGUGGAAGUGCCUUUGCCAAGCUGCUCAGCCGCCUUGCAGCAGAAGGACAUGAUUUAUCAAAUCCUGUUGAUCUGAAGGACCACUGGGCUAAGCAUGGAACAAAUCGCUACAUCACAAUCAAAUAGACGAGUAAAUGUCGAUGGAAUGGAGGAAUAGGAUAAUAGCGAACGAGAAAAAGCCAUUAAUGAACAGGUAUGCGUCUUCCACUAUUUUUCGUUUAAACCAAGGAUUUAUUUGGCACAACAGGACAAGCUUGUUAGGAUGCAAGUCGGUUUACUCUCUUCCUGCAGAUGGUUUGCUUCCUCUGUUUGUCAUCUAUGUAACUUUGAUAUCAACAUAAUAACGAAUGAAAGGCUUCUCAUCUUCCUUCGUAUCCCACAUUGAACCAAGGAAGAAGCAUUCCUUGGUUUAAAACUAGUUAGUUGUUGUCCAUAUGAAGGGAUUGGUCCUUGGUAAGUUUAGGUAGUUGUUGGAAGUUGCAUCGCAAGGUUCGGAAUACUUGUAUGUAAGGAAGUGUCACUCUAAAGUAGAUGAUUUUCUUUCGCUGAAUAAUUUGGCCAUUUUCGGGACAUGACAUGUAUCGCUGAACUUAUUCUGCAUGGCCAUGAGAUGACAUGCUUUAGUUUGAUUCUGAUGAUAAGGUGGACGAGUUGUCUGGCGCUCUCCU